AUGCGUCCGCCGCUCACCUCCCCGUAUCCCCGCCACUCUCAGACCCGCAAGCUCCGCGCCAGGGCGUUCACCGCGAACGAUAUCACCACGUCGCACUACACCGCGUACAAUUUCGUGCCCAAGAACCUCUGGCAGCAGUUCCAGCGCGUCGCCAACGUGUACUUUCUCUUAAUCGGGAUGCUCCAGCUCGACGUCUUCUUCCCGGGGCUCUCCCCGACGCACUGGUCCACGACCAUCGCGCCGCUCGCGUUCGUCCUGUCCAUAAACGCCGCCAAGGAGGCGUACGACGAUUACUUCAGGCACCGCUCCGACGCGGCGGUCAACGCCACGCCGUGCGUCCGGAUCCUCCGCCCGAAAAACCCGCCACGCGGCGGGGGCGCCCUCACGACGACGCUGGAGACGAUCCGAUGGAAGGACCUCCGCGUCGGCGAUAUCGCGCUCGUGCGCAACAACCAGGAGCUCCCCGCCGACGUCGUGUGCGUCCAAUCCUCGGACCGCGCCGGCGUGGGCUUCGUCGAGACGGCCAACCUCGACGGCGAGACGAACCUCAAGGCGAAGCGAGCGUGCGCCAUCCCCGGGGUGGCUUCGGGUCGCGGUUCCGAUCCCGACGCGGUUAUCCUCGAGAAGGCGCUCCAGGGCGCGGUGAUCCAGUGCGAGGCUCCCAACAACCAGCUGUACAAGUUCGAGGGUAAGUGGGUCGGCCUGGGUGCCGACGGGGGUGCCGACGGGGGUGCCGACGGGGGUGCCGACGGGGGUGCCGAGCUGGGCGUGAGCGUGGAUAACGUGCUGCUUCGGGGGAGCACUCUUCGCAACACGGAUUGGAUCGCGGGCGUCGUCGUGUUCACCGGCGGCGACACCAAGCUCAUGCGCAACUCCGUCCGAUCCCCUCGCAAGGUGUCCUCGCUCGAGCGUCAGAUGAACGCGCUCGUGCUGUGCAUCGGAGCGUUUCAGCUCGGCGUGAGUCUCCUGUGCGCGGCGCUGCAGAGGCGUUGGUUUUUGACCGAGCAAACCUCCGAGGUUCGUCACUGGUACCUGACGCCGAGCGGGGCGUGGCCCGACGUUGACGGCGCGGGCGCGACGGACUACCUCACGCAACUGGUCCGCUUCCUCGUCUUACUCAACGCGCUCAUACCCAUCUCGCUUUACGUCACGUUGGAGCUCGUGAAGGUGAUGCAGUGCGGCUGGAUCGGCCUCGACAGGUCGAUGUACGACCCGGUCAACGACGUCAAGUGCGGCGUCCGGACCACCGCGCUCAACGAGGAACUCGGGCAGGUCGGAUGCGUGCUGUCCGACAAGACGGGGACGCUGACGCAGAACGUGAUGGCGUUCGUGAAGUGCUCCGUCGGCGGCCGCGUGUACUCGGCGGACGACGCUCGGGCGGAACAAGCCGCGCGCACGCUCCCCUCCACGCCGAUGCUUUCGGCGAAGAGUUCAAAAAACGCCCGCGACGUUCACACGAUCGCUCGGUCCGUCGCGCUCCGUGCCGCCGCGGGGGCGCGCGACCCCGCGAUCCUCGCCUUUCUCCGCCACCUCUCCGCGUGCCACACCGUCGUCCCCGCGGCGGAUUCAUCUUGCGACGAUUAUUCGUCUCGCGAUGACGGUUCAUCUUCCGACGACCGCGGCUCCGGCGCCGUGUUCGGCGGGCUCCGGUACCAGGCGUCCUCGCCCGACGAGGAGGCGCUCGUCACCGGCGCCGCCUUACUCGGUCGCAGACUGUUGUCCAACGCCGCGGGUGCCGUGGUGACGGAGUCGCACCCGCCGGAUGGCAGCACCGACGACUUGCGCACGGGCGCGUGCGGCUCGGCGAACGGCGAUUUCGCCGGCGUAGUGACCGAACGGUGCGAGGUUCUCGCGGUGAACGAGUUCACCUCCGCGCGCAAGCGCAUGUCCGUGGUGAUCCGCGACGUCGCCACCGGGACGUGCGUUUUGCUUCUCAAGGGUGCGGAUAACGCGGUGCUCGAGCGCCUCGCGCCCCCAGCCGACGAAGCCGCGGCGAAAAACGUCGACGCCACCAAGGCGCACCUGGACGAUUUCGCCCGCGAGGGGCUUCGAACGUUGGUCCUCGCGCAGCGCGUCGUUCCCCCACACGAACUUCGCGGCUGGCUCGACGAGUAUAACGCCGCGCAGGCGGCGCUCGUGGACCGCGAGGGCGCCCUUGCCGACGUCGCCGAGCUCAUCGAGCGCGACUGCGCCCUCGUCGGCGCCACAGCCGUGGAGGACAAGCUUCAGGACGGGGUACCGGAGACGAUCGAGACGCUGCGUCGCGCGGGGUGCCUGGUUUGGAUGCUCACGGGCGAUAAGCUGGAGACGGCGGUGUCCAUCGCGAACACGUGCAGGUUGAUCGACGCCGAGGGUGAGCUCGCCAUCGUCCAGGAGUCCGAUUUCGUCGGCGACCCAAUCUCUGGAAACGGAGCCAAUCCCCGGUUUCUUCGCGAUAAAGCGAAGGAGGCUUGCGAGGACGCCGCUCGGGGUUGCACGUUCGGGCUGGUCAUCGAGGGCGGCGCCCUGCAGCACGCGCUCGCCACCGACGAGUCCCAGUCCCACUUCCUGGCGCUGUGCCGCGCCUCCUCCGGCGUGGUCUGCUGCAGGGUAUCGCCCAUACAAAAAGCCAGGGUCACGACGCUGAUGAAGAAAAGAGGCGGAUUCGUCACCAUGGGGGUCGGCGACGGCGCCAACGACGUGGGCAUGAUCAAGGCUGCGCACAUCGGCGUCGGCAUCAGCGGCAGGGAGGGGCGCGCCGCGGUGCUCGCGUCCGAUUACUCCGUCGGCCAGUUCCGGUUCCUCGCCAACCUACUCCUCGUGCACGGGCGAUGGUCCGCGAAGCGUAACCGAGAGGUUGUGCUGUACGCGUUUUACAAAAACUUUGUCUACGCGAUGGCCAACGUAUGGUUCGGGUGCGUCAGCGCGAUGAGCGCCCAGCCGGUUUUCACCACGGCCGCGAUCGCGACGUUCAACGUGCUGUGGACCUCGUUGCCCACCGUCGCGUUCGCGUGUUUCGACCAGGACGUCUCCCCGGCGACGUCGCUGGCGCACCCCGAGUUGUAUCGAGAGUCUUCCAAGUACACGAACGCGCGGUUUUUGCUCGACGCGUUUGUUUGGCUACUCUCCGCGUCUUGGCACUCGCUGUGGUGCCUCUUCGCGUGCCUCGCGGUGCUGGGCGACCCAGAGGCGAGCACGUACGACGGCAAGCAGUGGGACCUCUUCGCCGUGGGAAUCGCCGUCUUCACCGCCGCCAUAUGCGCGUGCGACGCCAAGGUUGCGAUACGCACCAACCACUGGACGGUGUUCAACGCGCUCGCGGUGUUUGGGAGCGUGUGCGCGUGGUUCCCGUUCGUGCGCCUCGUCUCCGACGCGUACGUCUCCUUCGGCGUCUUCGCCCCAGUCUCCGGCGUCGCGGAAGCGCUGUUUCCGGAGCCGAGGUUCUGGCUCGCCGUCACCGUCGCCGUCGUCGGCGCCGUCGCGCCCGACGCCGUCGCCGAGGUUUUACUUCGGUUCCUAGCCCCCAAGGACUGGCACAUCCUGCGCGAGGCGUGCGACGCGCGGGCGAAGAAGGCGAAGGAUCGGGCGUGGGUAAAGGCGGCAAAGGCGGCUACCGGGCCGCUGCUCCCCGUCGUGGUCGACGUGUCGCUGCGCGAAAACGUCGACGACCAAGAGGGUACUCAUAAAAAACCGACGAAAGGUUCGGGCCCGCGUGGUGAGUCACCGCCCCGGCCGGCGAGGACGUCGUGCACGUCUUGCGUCUGCGCCGAGGACGAGUGGCGCGCGCGCCGCGACCGGAGGAAGAGCAGGAACCCGAGCUACCUCGAGGCGCUGGCGGCGGCGAGGGCGGCGGCGGAGGUGGAGCCGGACUGGGAGGUGACCAACGCGGAGCUCAGCGACGAGGAGCUGGUUUGA